UGGGUUCCUGAGCAAGGCCCUUAAGUUGUCCUCAGUCAUAGUUGUAAGUUGCUUUGAAUAAAAGUGUCAGCUAAGUUCUCUAAAUGUGUUUUCCACUAGUAAUAUGAUAAUUACAUUAGGUAGUCCCACAACAAUGUUUGCAUGAUACCAAAUAUAAGCAUUUUAAUGUCCAGCAAAGUUUUAUAUUUAUAUAUUUAACUCUAUAUAACACUAAACAUUGUGUGUAAUUUACAGCUAUUUAUGUAGCAACAGUAUGGAUGUUCAUUAUAACUCUCAGCAAGUGUCAGAAACUGCUUGAGUUGUAUUCUCUAGUAAUUGUGAUACUUGCUCUGUACCACCUGUAUUCUGUGUCUCCACUUGUGGUGAAAUGUUUGAUGGUCCAUCAUGGUCAGGGGCAGGUAGUGCAGGCUGAUGCUUUUAGCUUUAUAUGGCAGGGAAAAUGUGAUGUAUACAGACAUGUCUCAGGCAUAUGAAAUAAACUAACUAAUCAUUAGCAUGCAGAUAAAUGCCAAAGAAAUAAAUAAAACAAUUGAACCAAGAACUUCAACACAAACCAAAUGUUAACAGGAAGCACCUAAAGGAAAAAGCCUUAGGGUGGGAAGCCUAAACUCAUUUAGAAUCUCAUUUAUAAAGAGAAAGCGUGGAUCUACGCUUAACAGCUUUAUACUCAAUACUUGAUCUAAAAGGAGUAAUGAAUCUAAUUUUGUUCUGAAACAGUUAUGGGGAUAAUGGAAACCUAUUUCUAAUGACCAAAUUAAAUGUAAUGAAUUAUGGGAAUAGCAGCUAUAGGCUGACAUCAAAAGCAGAGCACAUGAAUACAAAGGGAAUGUCUUACUUGGCUGGUCGUAGCUGUUCAGCUCAGUUAAUCACCUGUCUGUGUCUUAGGAAAAUGAUACUGAUUUAUACCCAAGCAAACCAUACGUAAUUCCAAAGGUCAAAGAAUGACCUGGCUAUUCUGAGCUGUCCAGAUUUAUUUAAAGAAGACAAAACGAGCCUGCUCGGUACUUGCAGGUGUUUAGCUUUCUGACUAGCUGUGAAUGAAGGCUAUUCUGAUAAUGACCUUGCAGUAGAUUAAUAUUAAUUGCUGCCAGGCAAACAGAACUAAUUUUAACUCUAUGAAUGAUAAAGGUAAAAUAACUAAAGUAAUGGCAUGGUGACGAGCAAAUUAAACAAUUUCAGAAAGAUUAAUAUUAAACUGGGCAGAUGACAUACACACAAAAUGCAGUUCUAAGCACUUGUUUGUACUCGUGAGAGCUUCUUGAUUAAAACUUAUUUAGAUUUCCACCAUUCCUUACACCGCCUUCCAUGAAAUCCCAGAGAAGUUAUUCAUUACCCUGUAUAGUGGAGACCUUGCUGAUGUAACAUAACUACAUUGUGUCUUGUUGCUGUGCUCAGUCUUGCCUUGGUGUAUUGACCUGUGUGUAAUGUGGAGCGAUCACGAUGCGGACGCAUAUGCUGAGAUAUGCGAGAUUAUUAAGGGCAAAUCCACAGUCAGAGUCGUUAGUCAAUGAGCCAACACAGAGAAUCCAGAAAUACAUAGCAAACAAAAAAAAGGCUACAAUGCCUCGAUCAUCAUCCCCAGAUUUGGAUUAUUACCACCUGUUUUCAAUUCUACUCAGUGUAUUUAUGUGCCUUCUAAAUGAUGCAGUCUAUUCAAAGUACCUCCAUGUUUCAUUGCCUUGCACACUGACCAUUUGUUCUGAUGCCUGUUACAUUCUGGAUUGGAAAGCCAAAGUCUUAUCGCAUCCGCAAACGCCUGCCUGUUUCUGACUUGUUACAUGAACAAGGUCAGUUUGUAUCAAAAUUGGACUCAUAUAUGCAGGCAGAUCCAUAGCUGAAAUAGUGUUUCUGGAAAACAAAGUAUUAAAGAUCAUCACCACCAUCUAACUUAAAAUGUCAUUGUACUCUCAAAUUUCAUCUGUACUGUACAUUCAUGAUAUUUUUAUCAUGCUUGUAAAGACUUAAACAUGACAUUAAAUUUGGUAUUUCAUUAUUUUUACUGUGCAUUACAUUACAUGAAUCUUGAAGUGUAAACAUUUUAAAUAUGGAAAUGAGGCACUUUGGGGAGGCACCCCAUUGUUAUUCAGAGCCAAACUGACAGAAGUUUAUAAACCUCAAGAAAGGAAAUUUGCUCACACCCAGUGCAAUGGCGAUUGUAGCAAAGCUGAUUUUCAUUCUCUGCAGUUUGGCCUCAAUAACAGUGUCCAAUCAUGAGUUUAAGGAGGUUGGCAGUUCUGUUCAGCUGCACAUAAAAGUCAGUAUAAAACCAUUCAAAACCCUGAAAUGGAUGCAUGGAAGAUAUUUUGUAUUGACAUAUGAUAAAAAAUUGAAUACGGUAGAACCAGGCCGUGCUUAUAACGGUAGGGUGAAGCUUGAUAAGGACACCUACAGUCUGACGAUGAAAAGCCUACAGAAGAAUGACAGUGGAUUCUAUAUAGCAAAAUCAAUUGAUGAAGAAGGGGAAAACUCUAUUGUUCAGUACAAACUCUCUGUAUUAGAUCCAGUGGAGAGUCCAAUCCUUACUCCUGUCCCUCACCAGCUAAGCAGUGACCCCUGUAAUGUGACUCUGACUUGUAGUGGUCACAACCUCACAAUCCACUCUAACUGUUCUAAUGAUGUCUGUGAGGAGAAGAAAAUAGAAUCACCAGGAGGCAACAUCCUAUCCAUGUAUGUCAGUGGAAGCACUAUAAUCUGUAACCACAGCAACCCAGUCAGCUGGAAAAAAAGUGCAAUUAAAGAGAUUAAAGAAAUCUGUUUUUCUAUAGGACCUACCAACCAACUGCUCUAUAUUGUAAUAGCACUGAGCUGUGUGGCACUUAUCCUCCUUCUGACUGUUAUUGGUUGUGUCAUACAACUUAGGAGGAAGAAAACAGAUGGCAUAGAUUCCCCAGUGUGUGACACUGUGUAUGCAGAGGUUGAGAAUGAAAAUGAAAGACCAAGGAAUGGCAUGAGGUUGGAGAUAUCUGGACCUUCAAGUUUGUACAGUGUUGUAGGAGUGCAGCUUCCACACAGUGAAGGAUCUACUCACGCUAUGCCAAAUCCUCUGUAUCAUGAGAGAAAUCAACAAAAAGCUUAUGUGGACCAAAGCCUGCCCAACAGCUAUGGCACAGCUGUAGAUACAAGAUCCAACAUCAUCCCAUCAACCAUCUACAGUACUGUGGAUCUUUCUAAGCCUGAAACCAUUUAUGGGGUAGUGAAAAAGUGUGAUGAUGGUGGCACAGAGGGACCAAGAGGCUGGGGAAGGUUAAUAGAAUCUUUAUUGUCCAUAACUACUCGAUUCAAGCGUACUCAAAAACAAAAACCCGAUAAUGCACCUGAAAAAACUUAAAGUCUUCAACAAACGCAUCAGUGGAGAGUACUUAAGAGCAGGCAUUGGCAAUGGCUCCUUGGCACAGGACGACUGACAAUGUGCGGCACUGAUGGCAGGUACAACAGGAGAAAUAAAAGAGGGCAAACAAG